UUAUUGCAGGAGGAUGUAGGCGGUAUACUUUGUCAUCAAAUGAGCAUACUAACUUAGUACAUCUACGCUUUUUGUUCCCUUAUGCAGAUAAUUUCACUGUGUGACAAAAUCAAGUAAAGCAGCAAAAGGCAGGAUGAGACUCCCAAGCAAGCAGGUGCUCCUGCGGAUGUACCCUACUUGGGAUAUAAGCAAACAGAAGCGAAUGUCAGCUCGUAUCUCCCUCAAGCAUGGGCAAGCUUUCCUUCGUUUUUGAGGAGUGGGUCAUCCAAGAAAAGAACUUCACUGCAGCAAAGAUCACCAAGUGCCAUACUUAAAGGCAAGCAUAAGCUGUCUCCAGGAGGUGAUGACAGAAGCAAGAAGAGAUUCAAGGUAGAUACUGAUCAAGUACCCCAUGGAGAGGUGUCAUCAAACAUUCCUGUGAAAGACGGAGAGAAGGAUAUUGAGGAGCAGCAAGUGCGUUUGACACGAAGUGCCGCAAAACUUCAAGGAAAUGGAAGAGUGUCUUCCCAGAGUGCUUUGAGCUUACAAAGUGGCACAAAGAGUGGACCCAGCAUCAUUGCAGCUGUUAAAGAGCAGAUGCAUGUCCACCCGGAAGGUCCAGUUGAUGACAAAGGCACCCUAGAAGAUGAUAGUACUGUGUCAUCCUCCUUUGGCCCUCAGAAUGAACUGUUCCAGGAGAAUCUCAAAACAUCAGGGGAACAAGCAUCAUUGUCCGGAAGUGAGUCAACUGCUACGAAUGACAGAGAGUCAGAGGUGAGUGUGAAUGUCCAAGAGCAUGGGCUUCCUUGGAGACACAAGCGCAAAUCGCUGUGCCCAAGAAAGAUACUCCGUAAGAUGGAACAAGAAGAAGCAAGUGCAGGUGUGCCAGGGAAUUUAAUUCAGGAAGAAUGGCUAACCCAGGCAGAAGACAGUGCAAGCAGCACACCUACAGAUGAAAGGAAUGUUCCAGAGUCCAGUCAAGAACAGGUUAGAUUUUCAGACCCUGACAAAGAGAUCCUCUCCGAGUGUAUUGAGACCCCUCCUGCAAGAUUGGAAAGUCCAUCAGUGAUGGAGUCUGAGGAACAGUCUGGCCAGCUAAAUUUGCUCUUGGAUCAAGAUCCCAUGCUUGCAGAAGGAAACUUCUCCUGCAGUUCAGACCAGACCAUGGUCCCAUCCUCUUCUCAAGGAGCCAUAGAAGAAGCAGUCUCCUUUCCUGGACUCCGGUUCCAGAGCAUUCAAGACUUCCCCAGCAAGAAUAACGACACAAGGGAUUCAGUAGAAGGAAACUCUGCCUCCUUGCUGGGAGAAGGGUUUGCAGAUGUGGUGAACAGUUCUUUGAUAGAGGAGACUGUCCAAGGUGAUAGCCUAGACAACUUGCUGCCAGGGUUAAAUAUGUUGCAUGUGGGAAGGGGGGUUGUGGAAGGCAAUCCUCUGAAUGAAAAGGGAUGCAGGUCUCAGGAGAAGAAAGACAAAACACCUAAGGUCAAGAAACACAAGCACAAAUCACCGCACAAGAAUAAGAGGACAUCAAGUGCAAGACGGUUGGAUAUGCAGCAUGUUGGUGACAAAGAAGCUUCUCACGAUGACAAGGAAUCCAGUCCACCAGGUACUAUGGACAAACUGCACAAGAAACGUAAGGUAAAAAAAAACAAGCGCAAAUCACAUGAGAAGUGUACGACAAAAUCUACCUCACCAGGCAAGUUUCCAUCCAGUGACCAAUCUUCACCCUUGCCGAAGAGUCCUGUGUUUGGACGAAUUCUACCGGUCAGCAAUUGGGCCAGCCUUGAGGAUCCUGUCACAUCACCUUGCCGCGUCCAGCUUGUGGACUAUCUGACCAGCAGCCAGCAGAAGCUGCCACCAAAAGAAGGUGAUGAGGAAAAUACAAAGGUACAGGAAGAUAGCCCAGAGGCACCACAAGAAGUUCAUCAAGCAGAUCAAGUAGCAAAAACAUUGACGGAACAGGUCAUCAAAGAGGCUGAGUGUCCAGGUGUCCAAGUACAUGAACAGGAUGUUCAUACUGAGGAGGACGUGAAGGAACCAUCUGAAGCAUUGAGCACUCCACUUAGCAACUUUAAAGAAAGAGAAGAACGGGCAGAAGUGACCUGUGAUGACAAUCAGCCCUGCAGCAGUGCAGUGAAAGGGCAAAGGUCACUUUCUCAUCAAGAUAAUGAUCAAAGUAGAGCUGUAAGAGAGUGUGAGAGUGCAGAAGGUUCUUCACCCCACUUCCCAACAGGACAAGAGGACAGUGGUCAAGUUUUCGGAAGUCCGAAUGCAGAUGGAAAGAUCGAUACUCCAUCAGUAAUUGAAAAGGAUGGCAAGAAGAGAACAUCGGAUAAAACUAAGAAAGCUGUUCGAUCCAGGAAUCCACGGGGAGCAGGUGGAUGGGAACAGUCUUUGAGACAGCGUCCUCAAAACGUCUCCCCAUUCCAGGUUGGAAGGGAUCCCAACGCGCAAAAGAAAGGAGCAAAGAAGGUGUCGCCAAAGAAGGAUACAGCUAGGAGACUGCAGCAGGAUGUUCAUUCUCAGAUGCUGCCAUUGCCAAAGGAGAAGUCAAAUGAUGCGAGCUCAAUCUCUAAUAGACCAUCCACGCCAUGGAGGAAAGGAUGGAGGAAGAAAGAACCAAGAGCAGUUGCCACGCCACCUCCUCUGGACUUGAAAGGAACAGAGGGAGAGGGAACAAGCGGAAGCAAGGAGAUCAAAAUCAAGGAAGAGGCAGAAAAGUAUGGGUGUAUCUUUAGGGGUCAGCUGGUGUUUGGUAAGAUGAAAGGCUUCUGCUGGUGGCCGGGAAGGAUCGUCCAUCAUUAUGACCGCAGCAUCCGGGAGCCUCCUCCCCCUCUCACCAGAUGGGUGCAGUGGUUUGGAGAUGAUAAGUACUCACUGCUGAGCCUUGGCCAGAUUGCAGGCCUUGAAGAUUUUCCAGACUACUUCAGUGUGUCCGCCUUCCAGAAGUGGGGCCUAUACCAGAAAGCAUGCUAUGAAGCUCUGAAUGUUGCAGCAAAGAGAGCUGGCAAGGAUGUUUCCGUUGCCAUGCCGACCCCUCCUGCAUACCCUGGUGCCAGCAUCAAGGAGAGGCAGGAGUACAAGGCCAAGAUGCUGGAGAGGUGUAGAGAGAUGCAGGACUGGGCGAACGACAAGUUCCUUCCACAGGGACGUGAAAGUAUCCAGCCCUCAGAAGAGGACAAGCAAACACCCCCUAUCCCUGAGUCACCCCCACCCAGCCCUGUCCAGGAGAGGAAGAGGUCCCCUAUCAAACACAGCAGCAGGAACUCUCCAGAAAAGGAACCGUUCGAGGACAAGAGAGAAGAGAGAAUGAAAGAUGUCAGAGGUGGGAAAUGGACCAUUGAAGAGAUCUGCAUAGGAUGUGGAGGUACCAGUCUGACUGCCAAGCAUCCUCUGUUUGUUGGAGGCCUUUGUGAAGUCUGCAGGAUCGAGUACUUGGAAGUAGCUUACCUGUACGAUUGUGAAGGUUACCAGGCCCAUUGCUGUAUCUGUGCUGAAGGGAAUCAGAUCACAUUGUGUGAUAAUCAGGGUUGUUACCACUCUUACUGCACAGUGUGCAUGGAUAACCUUGUGGGACCCCAAGAAUCAAAGCGGGUGUCUGAGCAAGAGCCUUGGUCCUGCUACCUCUGUUCAGCCGACUGUUCCCAUGGUUACUUGACACGCCGAGAGGACUGGCAGGAGCAGCUGGUGGCUUUCUUCAACCGUGACCAGGUUGCGGACUUUGAACCCCUGCGGAUGUUCAAGCCCCUUCUCCUGAGUAACCGUCGACCAAUCAGAGUCUUGUCCCUCUUUGACGGCCUUGGGACAGGUAUGUUAGUGUUGAGGGAACUAGGUUUUGAUGUGGAGUGUUACUAUGCUUCAGAGGUGAGUGAGGAGGCCAUCACUGUGGCUGCCGUCCGCCUCAAGGGUCAGAUCAAGCAGAUUGGUGAUGUUCAGAAGAUCACCCCUAAAGAGCUCAAGUCUUGGGGACCCUUUGACAUUCUCAUCGGUGGCAGCCCUUGCAACGAUCUCUCCAUCGUCAACCCCGCCCGCAAGGGCCUGGCAGGUGGGACGGGACUCCUGUUCUUUGAGUUCUACCGAAUCUUGCGUGACCUUCAACCCCUCCCAGAUGACCCCCGACCUUUCUUCUGGCUGUUUGAGAACGUGGUGUUCAUGGGACGCAAGGAUAAGCUCAACAUCUGCAGGUUCCUACAGUGUAACCCAGUGAUGAUUGACUCUCGUCACAUGUCACCCACUCACCGAGCCAGGUACUACUGGGGAAACCUUCCAGGAAUGCACAGGCCAUACGUUGCAGGAGCUGACAAUCCUUUGUGUCUUCAGGAAUGCCUGGAACCACACUGCGAUAGGCAAGCUCAGUUCUCCAAGGUAGGGACUAUCACAACCACCUCCCACUCCAUCCGCCAGACCAAAGAUGCGAUCCUGCCUGUCAUCAUGAAUGGCAGAGAAGAUGGACUCUGGUCCACAGAGUUAGAAAGAUUGUUUGGCUUCCCGGAUCAUUACACUGAUGUUGGCAACCUUAGCCGCACGGCUCGGCAGAAGCUCCUUGGCAAGGCAUGGAGCGUCCCCGUCAUCAGACACCUGAUGGCCCCUCUCAAAGACUACUUUGCAUGCAGCGCACAGAACGAGUAAGAUCAGAGGAUCUCCAUCCCUGUAUAAUUGACAACUUAUGUUCUUGCAAUGUGUAGUUAUUGGAAUGAAAAAGAUAAUAACGCAGUUCUUAAAGCAAUUGCUUGGUCCUGAUAGUAUGCAGGUUUAAAUCAUUUCUUUUAAUUGUUCUAAUGAUUGCAAUGAUGGAAGAUGGAAGUGUGAAAAUACAGAGAUGAAUCUCAUUUUGUAAACAGGGAUUAGUUCUAGAUGGGGAUUUCAAAUCUUAGAGAAAUGCAGACUAUUUCUAUUUUUGCCAUGAGAACAAAUGUCUCCUGAAAAUCUCAAAGUCUGCCAAAUCUGCUACAAUUUAAGCCUUAAUAUUCUGUGUUUAUGUAACUUAGGCAAAACUCGGGCUACCUUUUUUCUUGGAGACAGAAAUAUUAAAUGUAGUUCAUGUUUCCAACAUAGAUUUGUUUCUUUCUUGUAUUGACUAGUUUUCUUUUCCAUUUUGGAAAGAAUAGAAUAGAUUUGCUUUCAUUUCACUUUAUAUUUUGUUGUUCUGUUGCCAGGGAUGUUAUUUUGGGAAUCUGUGUAUCUCAUAUAUUUCUUUCCUUUCCCUUUUUUGUUUUUGCAUGCAGUGUUUAGUUGUAAUGAAGAUGAGAUAAUAUAAGUUUUGUAAUAAGUUUGGUAGAUAAUAGUGCAGCCCAAGUAAUAUUGAAGGUAUUUGGUAUUCUGUAGUUGCGUGUAUGUAAGGCUUCUUGAGAGCCAAACCUAGCAUGGGUGCCAUUUAAGCAAUUUACACAUUUCAGGGUUUUCAAGAGCAUAGGAGAACUAGCUUUAGAGGCAAGAUUCUUUUAAAUAUAAGUCUACAAAGCUAAAAAAUCUUGUUUAUUAUCUCCUCAAGAAAGAUGUCUUUUAUGGACAUGUUUUAAGGCAUACCCUUUUGUCUUUAAAACAAUUUUUAUGUGGCAGAGGGUUUAUGAGGACACCUUUUUCUUCAUUUGUCUGCGAUGCAAACAGAUGGAAAUCUGUAAAUACAACUAACUAUUUAAUCUGCUAUAUGUCAGAGGUAACAAUAUGGUAAGAAAUAGAGAGAGGAUUUAUUAUGAGAUGAUCAUCAUGUUUGAUUGAAUCGUAAUCAUUUAAAGUUGAUACGAAAACUAAAUUAUGCCAAUUUGAAUGUGCAAUUUAACAAUGGCUGAAAUCACUUGUCUUUUAUAACUUUUGUUGUGUUGUAAAACGUAUGAAGAGUAAUUUUGAAUAUGCAAGCAAAUUUUGUGUGUGAUCCAAUUGUGAUUAUAGAAUCAGUACUAUGAGAUAAGCAAAUAUAUUUCAUAUGUAGACAAUUUUAUAUUGAGAAUGAUACCUUGCCGUGAUUCUUAAAUAUUUGAACGUUUUGUAGCUUUAAAAUAAUCUUAUGGAAGCAGCUGUGAUCUUGCUUUGUAAUUCAUCAGAUAUUGAUAAUUCAUCUUAGCUACAAUCAAAAUUGUGCACUUAUCAGAUGGCAGGACUUUAUUUUUUCACAUUAAUGUUAUAAAUGUACAAUUGGUGCUAUUAUUCAGAAUUAAUGAUAAGUGAUGCAAAAUUUAAUUGAUAUUUUCCAACAAAUUAACCAUAUUGUCUGUUAAGCGCCAGAAAGGUGUUAACACCUAUAGUUUACACAGACUUACUGCUCUUCUGGCUCUGAACAUGCAAUAUGAACCUAACUCCUAAUAACAGUGCCUAAAACAGCAAAAUGAUGUCCAUAAGGAGCCCAGAGGGAAUUACCUUUUCCACAAUCAUUUAUUCCCAUCUGGCUCACACAGAUGGUUUGUUAGUGUAGGACCAAUGGAGUCUAAAUGUUCCGGUAUGUAACUUAUCUUGCCAUGUAUCUUUGUGUUAUCUUGAACCUUGCAAUACCCUCUUGCCCAAUAUGUGUUGCUGGUGCCAAAUUUGCCAAAGUUUAUCAAUCCAAAAGUUGUUUUACAUUCUUAUGCUUUAUGUGUACUGAGUUUGGUAAUGUUUUGAAAUUAUCAUAUGUGGUCUUUUUUUCUUUCUCUUCUUGUCAAAAUCUUGUUAAAUCUUUAAAAAAAAGUUAUUAUUGUUGAUAUCAAGUAUCACAGCCUUCGUCUAUGACACAGGAGUGAGGCAUUUUCAAUUCCUGGAAAAACGCACACACAAAAAAGCAAAUUUGCCAGUAUUCAGCAUGACCUUUGUUUCACUCCUCACAUGACAAUCCCAGCUUUGAGGAAUACUUCUUUUUUUUUCAGUUAUGUUCUGUUCAAUUGAUUUUCUUAUGUUCAAAUAAUGUUCCUAUGUUAGCUUGUAGCUAUAUUUUAUAUUGUUUUAUGUUAUAGCUUUUGAAUAAAGAUAGUAUAAUAUAUCUUGCA